UGCAAGUCUUCUGAAGAGACAUGAUUGCAUUACAUGGUAAACAGAUUUAUAUUCAGCUUUUAUUUACAUAAACAUUGAUCAGUGAAUAUAUAAAGAAGUUCAACGGUACUUCAUUGGUUCUCACGCUUCAAGCAAGCAGGCUUGACUUUCCGUUUAUUAAAACGUCAUUGUCCGCUGAUCAGUGUUUAUAUGUGCACAAAAGCAUAAAUUAUAUCUGUUCAAACAAAAAAACAACACAAACUGAUAACAGUCCUGGAGACGGUCUUUCUCGUGCUGUUCUCUAAUCUCUUUCCACUCGUCUCUGGUCCCAGUAAACCACUAGGAGCCUUUUCUGCCUCCUUCACAUCAUUAAUCGUAGUAUUCUUCCUCAGUCCACCUGUAAAAGCAUAAGUUUAGAUAUAAAUGUCCAGCUGCAUAUUUGGGUUACACUUUAUUUUACAGUCUCCUUGUUGCAGUGCAAUUUUAAAUUGAAGUACUGAGUAGGCUAAUAUUUAUUAACAUCACAUACAUCCUACAGUAUAUGGUUGAAGUUUUUAUUUUAUUUAUUUAUUUUUACUGGUUUGGGUGUUUUAUAUAUUUAUAUAUUAAGACAUUUACAGAUGUUUCAUGAUUAAUGAUUAUGGGAAACCAGUUAAAAACAUUCUAGGUUCAAAAAAAGUUAACCUCAAUCAACAGCAUUUAUUAUAUCACAAAAUUUCACAAUGUCACAUUAAUUAAUACCACAAAUAAUUUUUAUGUACCUUUGUAAAACCUCUCGUUAUAAUCAUUGAAGCGGUGCAAACUGUAAAAUGAAUCUCUUGCAUGCUGCAUUGUUGUUUAUGAUGAAAAUGCAGAAUUCAGAGCGCGAAAUUCAAAACUCCGGCGCGAUGACUAAUCUAAACGCUGAUUGGCCACUACAUUCAUAAACUCAACAUGAACAUGAUGUGUGAUUGGUUUUAAGGCUUAGCAACAUAAGCAGUAAUGCCGCAAUCAGCAUCACUCAUUUUUAACUUUAAUCACGACAGCCAUAAUCAUUUGGUGGUAACACAGCCUGAAAGCCCAUGUUACUCAUGUCAGAAAGCAAAUUCAGAAUUAUGUCAUUCAAAAUUAGUGCUAUAUUGGCUGGAAAUGUAUAUUUCCCUCAGGAGAAAAAAUGGCGGCUGCAGCCACAAAAUACAGCAGAAAAGCCUAAAAUAAACAAAAUUUGGCUAUACGACUUGAAAAAUGUAAGGCAAAAACAACAUUACACGUCAGAGUCAACAAAAAUGACCUCAAUUUUAAACCUCAGAGACAUUUACGUUAUUAACUGUUGGAAUUUAUGAUCGUCCCUGCUAAAAUGUGUAGGCUACAGUAAAAGAAAACAAAUACAUUUUGAUAAAUGCAUAAGCAGGCUAACAUUGUAAUAUUGAUAAUUCAAACAAAAUGAAACAUCACAAUAGAAAAUAAUUCAUUUUCAUUUAAAAAGUAGUUAUAUUAAUCAGAUCCAUGAAAUCUAUAUUCUUUUUUAAAAAGUGACUAUUAACCAAGAAAAAAUUAAAGCUAUAAGGAUGUAUUUUAAGUGUGAAAUAAUUUUGCCCACAUAGAUCCCAUAAAGGUCCCAUAUGUUCAAACCUAUAUGGGACCCACAUUGUGAAACACACAUAGGACCAACAUUAAUUGCCCAUUUUCAGCCCAUGCCCACAUGGAACCUAUGCUGCCCGGGUAUAACCCAUAUGGGGCCCACAUAUCAAUGUUGGCUGGGGAUAUGUAAUGAAAUAGAAUAACACUCACUGUUUAUCCUUCUGUUUCACAUCUGAGAUGCAAAUAUAGUCCAGCCUGACGGUGUAAAUGCACUGUGGAUGUAAGCAAAUGAAUGAGGACAUGUUUUAUAAAGAAACAGCAAACAUCAGGAGUAUGAAGCAAAAACAAAAGAAUUUUCACUAAAAAGUUUUAAGUUUUAAGUUUUAAGAAGAAAGAAUAUUUCUCGUUAUCUCAUUUUUUUUAUCCUUCAGUCCUUCCUCUCACUACACACUCUCUGUGAAUGAUCACACUCACUCACACGUUUCUUUUUCUUUAACUGAAGCUCCUCAAACGGAGGGUUUCUAAAGGCUCUCAGUAAUCACCCGUCUUCACUAAUUAACUCAAUCAUCAUCAGUCAGAUCAUUAGUGGGUUGUCUAUUUCAGUACCAAAUAUAAAAGUGGCCCAUUGAUAAUGUAAAAGCAGCUGAUUAGUUGUGAAUGUUAAAAUAUGAUGUGGAAUAAUGUGUACAUAAGUUUUUUGAUUAAAGUACAUACUCCUGCAUGUUGACUGAUACUGACUGAGAGAUGUCAAUGCAAAUAAGGGGAAAGAAUGACAAAUACACAAAUAUAGAGAAAGUAAAACAUGAAAAUGAUGUGACGUGCUAAAUGAUGGAUGAAAGCAGAUAUAAUAAUCACAUAGUUUGAAGCUGCAGACAGAAACAUCAGACUCAGGACAGAAACACACCACCUCUGAAAAAUGGAUCAAAUGCUAUAUUUCAUUCUUCUCCUCAUGGCUCUCUGCUCCGUAUCUGAAUGUGUUCAGCAUCAGUAUCACUUUAUAAAUGAGGAGAAGACCUGGACUGAAGCUCAGAGAUACUGCAGAGAGAAUUACACAGAUCUGGCCACCGCUGACAACAUGAACGACAUGAACGAGCUGAACGAGCUGAAGAAGAGUGUUAAUAAUAGACGUGUUCAGUAUGUCUGGAUUGGGCUGCAGAAGACGGGUCGUGAUGAAUGGCACUGGUCUUCAGGUGAACCUGCGCUCUAUCUGAACUGGGCUGAUAAACAACCAGAAGGCAGAGAUUAUUGUGCUGUGAUGCUGAAUGGAAAAUGGCAUGAUUUGUCAUGUAGUGAUGACCGACAUUUCAUCUACAACAGCACGAACACAGGACUCGUCUUUGUCAAUCAGCUGAAGAACUGGAGAGACGCUCAGAGUUACUGCAGACAGAAUCACAUUGAUCUGGUCAGUGUGAGGAACCAAGAUGAGAAUCAACAGGUUGAGAAGAUCAUUAAAGAUAAUAACUCAUCUGGAUCACAAGUCUGGAUCGGUCUGUUCAGAGACUCAUGGCAGUGGUCAGAUCAGAGUAACUCAUCAUUCAGAUACUGGAGCACUGGUGAACCUAAUAAUCAUGGAGGAGCUGUGGAAGACUGUACAGCUAUUGAACUGAAUGCUCAGGGACGAUGGAUCGAUAUCUCUUGCAACAACCACCAUUUUCCUUUUGUGUGUCAUGAAGAUAAACUGAUUGUGAUCAGAGAGAGUCUGACGUGGUCUGAAGCUCUGAGAUACUGCAGACAGAAUCAUGUGGAUCUGGUCUCGGUUCAUUCAGAAGAGAUUCAGCGUCGUGUGAUGAACGUGGUUAAACGGGCGUCUACUGCGGAGGUGUGGAUGGGUUUACGUUACUCUCGUAUUUUGGGCAUCUGGUUCUGGGUGAGUGGAGAGACUGUGUGCUAUCAGAACUGGGCUCCAGGGAACACAACAUCAGCGGAGGACUGUGAAGACGCAGUGAGAUCUGGAGCAGUUCAGUCUGGAGGAGAUCAGCGCUGGAUCAGCCGUCCUGAACACCACAAACUCAACUUCAUCUGCAGCAGAUAUUAAGAGAGAAAGAUACACAGAACUUUCAUGUAAGAGAUAAAAUGCUUGUGUGUUCCUUUGAAUUCAUUAAUCAUUUUAUAAAGCAAUAAUAUUACAUAUAAUAAUUUCUAGCUCAGCAGGCAGUCGCACCUGAGGGUUAAAGGCAGAAAUAUUUUGCUCAGAUACUUCAAACAGUUCAAAACAAUAACUGUUAUUGACUGCACUCUAAAUUGUUCUUUUGAGGGUCUGUUUUUCAUGAUGUGAUUCCAGUGGGUUUGUUUGCUCCAUAUUAAGAGCCUCAAUGGCCAGAAUUGCUGUUAACAUAUUUUGCUUUUAGAAACUCUUUCAAAAUUUGUUUUAUACAUACUCAUUAUUAGAUAUACAUUUAUAAUAUUUUCUAUUUUAUUAUGAUAUAAUUCAUGAAUUUAAGCUCCUUAUUUGUGUUUCAAGGAUCUCUGUUUGCUGGUGUGGAUACGUCUAUUUCUCUUAAAUUACAUUUUACGUAUUAAUCAUGUCUUUAGAUUAGAAAUGACUGGUUGAAUGUGUGUUAGUGAGCACCAACAUUAUGUGCUUUAGCUAAUUGAAAUAUUGUUUAUUCUUUAAGCAGAAAAUGCUGGGUAUAAAAUAUUUUAUAAUACAUUUGUGCUACACAUAUAAGAACGUCAACAACAGCAGCUCAAAUAAACUCCUGUAAAACCAGCAAUCUCAUCUCUUUUGAUUGUUUCCCAACAUCAGAAUCAUCAUUCAGUUACAACAUACAGCAACAAUGGUUUAAAUUCUAUUUAAAAUUGUUCAAAUAGUGUAACUUCCCUGUUGUUACUUGGGUUUAUUAAAAAGGAGCUGAUGAAC